UUAUGGAUUAUUAAGAAUUAUAUGAAUUACGCAAAAAACUUGUGGAUUGGAAAAAGAAUCCUAAAGAAACUAUUAAUAUCUUAAAAUUAUUAGAGUAAACUCCAAUUGAUUAAGAGGCUGUAAAUAAAUCUAAAAUAUACAAAACACUUCACACUCUUACAAUAAUUGAUGAUAAAAGCGACCCCUUAGCUGCAACAAUUAGAACUAAAGCAUAGAUAGUUCAAGACAAACUUAAAAAACUGUCUUAAAAUAAACCAAAUGAUAACGAUACAAUUGAAAAAAAAAGAGAGAAGAGUGAGGAAAUAAAAAUGUAAAAACAGAAUAGUGUAUAAAAUAUAUAAAGUAGUAAAUCUUUACCUGAUAUUGAUUUAUUUGUAAAUUACAAAGUCCCUUAUCCAUCUUAUGUUGAUCGUGUGAAAUACUUAACAGCAAUUAGUAAAUUGUUUAUUCUUAAUAUCUAAAUAUUUAAAAAUCAAGAUGAUUUAAGUGAUUCUGAUUAUUAAAUAAUUAAAGAUUCUGUAGAAAAAAUGGAAAAAGCAAUUUAUUAUAAGAGAUAAACAGAACAUAGUCCUAGAAAAGCAUAUGAAUAGGAUCUAAAAAUUUUAGCGGGCUUUUUAAAGAAGGAUAAAAAUGGUUCAUUAACCUAUAGGAUUUUCUCAAAGUAAUUUGAUCCUUUAAUUGCUGCUUAAUUAAAGUAUUUUAAAUAUAAAUUAGAGCUGCUGAUUGGGUUGAUGAUGAAACUAAAUAAGAAUAAAGUCGAAUUAUUAGAGAAAAAAUGGAAGCUGAACAAUUAGGUUUUUAUAAAGACUUAAGUAAACGAGAAAUGGAAGGUGUGGAAGGGAAAAUGUGUAAAGGAUGUGGUUAAAAAAAAGUUUAUUUAGUAGAUGAGAAACAAACUAGAGCAUCAGAUGAACCAACAACUAAAUUUUUUGAAUGUUAUAAUUGUGGAGAUAAAUUUAGGAUAUGUUGAA